CCUCACGAGUCUCCACUCACCCACCCCAUCUUUUACUGAAAAAAAGGCAUACCCCAACCCCCACUCCACUCAUCCCCUGCUUUUCAAAACAGGGGAAUUAAAGAUAAGGAGAGAGCUUCUUCAUUAAUGUCUGCAUUUUAGCUGCUGGAAACGACGACAGAAUGCACAACUCUACUAAGCCGUCUUCUUCUUCUUCUUCUUCUUCAUCUUUUCAAAGUCUAGAAGACGAGUCUGAUCAUCAGGAUAUCACACGCUUUGACAAGUCUCUCCAGGAACUUCGACACUUACGUGCUCAGCUUCAUUAUGCUGCCGAUUAUUCCGAAACCACUUUCUUGAAUGCCAAAGACAAGAAAAUGUGGCUGGCGCUUUCUCUUACACCCUGUACAUAUUUUGCAAUUUGCAGUGUGAUGGAAAACACAAAAGAGUACAUAUGCAGGGCGGUGGUGAGUGUUGUUGACCACCUUGGGACUGUCUCUACUAGCCUUAACUUCUGCAUUUCUCAGACCAAUGCAUUUUCCGAGGCCGAGCUUCGAAUCAAUUGCCUCAAACAAAGACUUCUCGUUUGUGAACAAUAUGCACACAAGCUUGCUCUGACUCAACUACGGUGGAGUGAGAAUUUGACAAGACAUCAUCGACGUUAUUUAUCAAAGCCAACUGCAAACGUUGAGAAAGCAUGUGAAGGUUCAAGGGAUACUGAUGAUAAAACUGGUGGGGGAUUCAUAGAUCAACAUGAGCUUGUCAGAGAGCAGGAAAUUCCACUUUUCUUGUACACAUACACUCAGAAGCCAUCUCUUGAGAAAGGGAAUAGGGACUUAGCAGUAGUGUUGCCUGUUCGUGAUGGUUUGUCGGUAUUGUCGAAGCGUUCAAUUAAUCCUACAUUUCAUUUCCAGGUUACUCAAAAAAUUGGGCGCCAUAGAAGAUCAUCAGUGCAGCGUGGUGAUAUCUUAUCCUUUAUUCGGCGAGCUAAACGAACAGGAUGAAUUAUUAAGGGUUUCAAUGUGUUUGUUUAGUGAUCCUUGAUUGGAAACAUGCUUUCUUAGGUAGAUGUUUGAAGUUUCUUUAUAUGGAGUUCAUCAGAAAAUUAAGACAAUGAGAACAUAAAUACCUUAGUGUUUGAACAAAUUAAAAUUAGGAAUUUCUAUCUUGUUAUGACUCUUCCUUAUGCUCAGUGUAUGUUCCCUAAUGAGAAAUUUCACUCUUGAUGAUUGUUGA